CGCGCCGAGGGACAGGCUGCGCCGACGCGCUCCGCUUCCUGCGAGGGAAAGUCCAGGCUUGAGACAAAAGGGGGGGAGGCGAGUGGGGAACAUCCGGGUCAUUCGCCGCCGCCGCCGUCGCCUGAAUCCGGGACACGCGCGGGAGCUGCUGCUGCGGCCGCUACACGAAGGACCUUGAAUAUGUCGGGGAUUGCGCUCAGCCGACUUGCGCAGGAGAGGAAAGCCUGGAGGAAGGACCACCCGUUUGGUUUUGUAGCAGUACCAACAAAAAAUCCAGAUGGUACAAUGAAUCUUAUGAAUUGGGAAUGUGCUAUUCCAGGAAAGAAAGGGACACCAUGGGAAGGAGGUUUAUUUAAAUUACGGAUGCUUUUCAAGGAUGAUUAUCCCUCCUCACCCCCAAAAUGCAAAUUUGAGCCACCCUUAUUUCAUCCAAAUGUGUACCCUUCAGGCACUGUGUGUCUGUCAAUCCUAGAAGAGGAUAAGGAUUGGAGGCCUGCAAUCACAAUUAAACAGAUCUUGUUAGGAAUCCAAGAACUCCUAAAUGAACCAAAUAUUCAGGACCCAGCUCAAGCAGAGGCUUACACAAUUUACUGCCAAAACAGAGUGGAAUAUGAAAAGAGGGUUCGAGCACAAGCCAAGAAGUUUGCACCAUCAUAAGCUCCUGUCAUCCAGCAUCUUAAAGGAAGGGAUUAAUUGGCAAGAACUUGUUUACAAAACUUUUGCAAAUCUAUUGUCACUAUGUACAAUUAAUAGUCACUUAGGGGAGGGGAUUGUAUGUGUGCCAUUUUCCAUAUUCGCCACUUGUAUACAGUUCUAAAUUUGCUGAAUUGCCCCCCGUUUUUUCAUACAGGGUCUCUUCCUUCAGUCUUUUGUAUUUUUGAUUGUUAUGUAAAACUUGCUUUUAUUUUAAUAUUGAUGUCAGUAUUUCAACUGCUGUAAAACUAUAAACUUUUAUACUUCUAUAAAUUCACUAGUAUCUCUAGUUUCUUUGCUUUCUGAUGCAGGCAUGCUUUAAACUGUUUAGAAGUAUAUUUUGCCUCUACUUGGCUGUAAGAAAAGAAAACAUGCCCUCCACCCCCCUUUUUGAUUUCUACCAAUCCAAUAAAAAUUAGGUUGUUGUUGCUUAAAAGCCUCCAGAUCCAAAGUCAGCCAGCAUCUUGAUUCUGCAUCACUUCCUUUGUGUUUAUGGCGUUUUGUCUGUGUUGCUGUUUAGAGUAAAUAAAACUUGUUUCUAUAAAGCUUUUUUGUCUCAUUUUCUUCCUUUAAUAUACCAGUCACUUUUGGAGUGACCUUUCUUGCAGGCAUUCAAUAGCUUUGGGAGAGAUAUCAUGCCAUGGUCAUUCCAGGCAGCGGGCGUCAAAAAAGAUCUGUGUGAGAUCUUGAAAAACCACCGGUAGUUAGUUCCAUGUGACCAUACUGCUGUAUUCAAGCAUCCAGCAUACAAUAGCACAUCAUUUGGCUGCUUGGCUUAAUGGGAUGAAAGGACAAGCUAACCAAAGUUUGGUACAUUAGUGUUUAUUCCACUCCCUUGAAUAAACAUUUUGGGGGCAGGGGUUUGCUUUUCAACACUGCCAUAUAAGGAUUUCCUUCCUUCACAUCAAAGCAUCCGUUUAGCUGGACAAUUGAGACUGAAGGGUUGAAAAUGCAUGUGUCAGACCCAGUAGCUUCAUUAUCCUGGUGAUAUUCUCAUUGGCUACUGUCCCACCCCCCACUGGUGACCUAAGGAAGCUUAGAGUGCAGCUUCCUUAUCGUUCCUCUUGCCUGAAAAGUGAGGUUUGUU